UUUGACAGGGUUCCCAGGCGUCCGCGUAGAGUCACCUUCACAAUGUGGACAGUUGAAUUGAAUUGAAAGGGUCGUGUACAAAUUACGCGUUCGGACUGAGCGGAAAGGUUUUUAAAAAACACAGAAUUUAUAAUACACUAUUAACUUUAUUUGAAGUGAAAAAUUUAAUUACACUUAACUUAUUCAAAUGUAGUUAACAGACUGGUCCCGGGAGGCUACGUUGUACCUAUUGUUUGCAAGAAUUUCCGAUCGAAAUUCUUUCCCAUUCCCAUUCGUUACCUCAUUGACCAGCUGUAACCUCCAAUAUUGACAAGGUCGUAUCGUUAUUGCGAUAAACAGCAGCUGCAUAAAGAGGUAUGCUGCACAAUACUUCCGCUGAAGUAGCGUGUUCCGUAUUCCGAAACACACGAUCGACGACCUUGCGUGUAUUUACUUCCAUGUGAUGUUUACCUACCAGCAGAUAUAAGAGUUUAUGCUGUUUAAUGAACGUGCCGUCGCAGCUUAAACGUAGAACGAGACGGACGAGCGAGCACCACAGCACGAGUCGGACGAGCGAGUACCGCCGAAAGAAUUGCAGAGGAGUUGGUUUAAUAUCGGUAAGGAACUUUUUCACACAUAUUCCCUUUCAGCAGCGGCAUCCAGGGAGAUCCGCAAUUUCAGGGUGUGAAGCUAGGCGAGAUUUUCUAACGCAAAUCAGGAGUUUCACGGGCCGGAUCCUCAUUGGUUACUUCUCCCAAACAUUUGGUCCUUCGAGUCGGAUACACGGACCUAUGGAUACACGGUUCUUGCAACGAAAGCCUACUGGACGGGAUCAAAAUGCAUCUAGGCCUCUGCGUGGAGUCACUUUCACAAUAUGGGUAGGAAUAGCGAAGUAGUGGUAUAACGAGCAAAUUAGUUCAUCGUCCAAAUAAAUUAACAGCAAAGCGCCACUUUCUGUAUUAAUUUAUCCAUCGGGCCAGGGGACCUGCUUAUCAUGAACUAAACUGAACAAUACAUAAAUUUUUUAUUUACUUGAUGGUUUUCACCAUAAUUGAAUGAAUGGAAUUUGAACGUAAAUUGGAGAAGUUUCCAUAACCUGAUAUUACAACGAAAUAAAUGA